AAUGCAGUGAACCGCUUUAAGAAGGAUAGAGAAUUGGAAUAUCGUUCUUUUUUUGGUAUUUUGAGAUCCCUUCAAUGAGUCGGGAGGGAAAACUUCAUCCUAUAUGGGUUUUUUGGAAGAGACCCACAUACGGGUUAAAGAAUUUGUGCCAAGUGAUCUUGUUAUUUGUACCGAAGUAAUAGUGCAUAAUAAUGAUACUAGUCUGAAGUGUCCUGUACCCCGUGGUGUGCGUGGGAAGCGUUGUCGUUUUGCUAAAAGCGAUGUCCCAUGUAGUCGCAAACGGGCUGUUCAUUUUGACAAUAUGGAGGAGCAAGAAUUUGGAAGUUCUGCAAGUGAUAAUGAGCCUAUUGCACGAAGAGGACUAAGGGUGCGGGCAAAAACAGUUAAGUAUGCAGAAAUUUCAGUUAGUGCGGAGGAGGAAUCUCUGAGGAAAGGGUCCAUACCCAUGUUUCUUUCUAUUGAAGCAACACCUGGUAUUUGGACGGACAAAGCUGUUGAUGAAGAGAGAACUGUUAUGGAAGUCACAGAAACAGAGGCCCAUGGAGUGUCUCAACAAAAUCAUGUUGAAAGAGAAACAGAGGUAUUUGAGAUGGAAAGAACAACGGAUGCAGCUGAUGCAGUAUCAGUCUUGUUAACAUUGCAAUCAUCGACUCAUCACGAAAAAGAAAUUACUCCUUAUGCAAAAGAGGUUAGAGAACAAGAAAAAGGCUCACUUGAAAAUAUUGAUGAAAAUGUAAGGAUUGAAUAUGUGGCACCGAUUGAUGGCGAAACCUUUAAUACUCAAGAUCAAGAUGUAGCUCGUGACUUUGCAUUGAAUUUUUCCCAAGACAAUGGUUCAAAUCUGAUUGGUGAAAUUGGGUUUAGCAAUCAGGAUUCAGAAACAAGGCCAAUGAUAUAUGAAUUUACUGUUGGUGGUGAUGUAGCUACAGAAUAUCAAGCAGAUGCUCCUAGACAUAAUCUUCAAAUUUCCGGUGGACCAUUAUGUCACCUAGAAAAUUUAGGGGAUAUGCUUCCAUCAUCGCAUGAACCAACGGAGACUUUGCCAGCGAUAUCAAUUGUUGACAUUUCAAGUAAAGUAAGGCAGGUAGAAUCGGUGCGGGUACAGGUUGAAGAGGCGAGCAUUAUCCAUGUGCAAACUCUUAGUGACAGUUCACAUGAUAUUGAAACAUUCUUGAAUCCUAUUACCUGUAAUCCUGGGGAUACUGUGAAGUGGCAAUCUUUUUUCUGCAGCUUUCGCAAUGUACAAAUGUUGUCACGUAUCCUUCAACGUCACCCCCAGACCUUUGUAAACUUCCAUGUACAAGAUCCAGAAUUCCAGCGUGUGUUGCUAGAUGCAUUGGCAGACUUCCUAACUGCGCUGGACGGGAAAAUUCUUGCUGAUAUUCAUGAGAGCAUUGUCAAUAAAGUUAGAGGCCGAGUAGUAGACUGGCGGGGCAUGGGUCUAGAGGUAUCAUGGUUGGAGAAUCGUCUUGCCGAUGUUCUAUCCUAUUCAGAGGUCAGAAAAAUGGAGAAUUCAUAUGCGCAACUUGUGGCUAGACAGGAGUAUGUUGAUGGUGAGGUGAAAAAGACACAAGUGUACCGGUCUGAUUUAGAAAAAGAAAACACCCAAUUGAAGGAAAAAAUAGCUAAAAUUUCCUCUGAUUUGGUGCAAAGGAAGGGUGAUCUAUCUGUGCUCGCGUCAGACCCAUUUUUCAAAACUAUUCUAUAAAUUGAACAUUGUAUCAUUAAUUUAAAUGACUGUAGUACUUGAAUCAUUUUGUAAACUUUGCUUUUUGUGGUCCUUCCUUUGGAAACAUAUUUGCUGAAUUUUAUUCCAUAUGAAAUUAUGCACAGGUUGGCCUAA